AGAAAUGAAUAACGGUCCGCUGGAGCCACCUCGAAAAGCCGCAACCCCGGCAAUUAGCUAGCUGUACGAGCUGCUAGCUGCCCAAAAUACCUACCUGAAGCCCUUUGCUUUGUAUGGAAGCAGUCAGCAUCACCAACGGGGUUCAUGUGCCGUCGCGAUAAUGAGGAGCCUUAUUGUGCUGUCACUGCUGCUGCUCAACAUACAUCAUGUUAUAUCAGCACCCAAAGGCGUCACUGCCAGCCUUAAAGCCAAGUGGAGCAUGACACCUUUCCUCCUGGAGACAAGCGAGUUUAUUGGGGAAGAUGGGAAUGAGAAAUUCUGGCAGUUUGUUGACACUGUGAAAGAACUCACUGUAUACAAGCAAGGAGAGUCUGUGCGCUCCUACUACAACUUGAUCAUUAAGAAGGCUGGCCAGUUCCUCACCAUCCUUCAAGUUAAUCUCCUCAGAUUUGCUCUGGCCCUCCGGUCCUAUUCACCAGCUGUUCAUGCAUCCCAACAGAUAGCCAGUGAUGAGCCUCCGCCUGAGGCUUGCCCUGCCUUUGUCUCCAUCCAUGGUCAACGUAGCUGCAGCACCAAGGACAUCAAGAAGCUCCUGAAGGCAGCUGCAGGCAGGCCAAAACCAUAUUUAUACAAGAAUGAUCACACAUAUCCAGGGGCCAAUAAAACAGAUGUACCAGUUGUGAUCCUGUAUGCUGAGAUUGGAACCAAGAAGUUCAACUCCUUUCAUAAGGUGCUCUCAGAGAAGGCCGAAGAGGGCACGCUUACAUAUGUGCUUCGUCAUUAUGUAGUGGAUCCAAAGCCUCAAAAGAUGCUUUUAUCUGGGUAUGGUGUUGAGCUGGCUAUCAAAAGCACGGAAUACAAAGCUGUGGACGACACCAAAGUAAAAGAUCCAAAGACUGCUGUAAAUGCUGAGGAUGAUGAUAAUGAUGAAGUCCAAGGAUUCUUUUUUGGAACAUUAAAAAAAUCUCACCCUGAACUCCAGGGGCAACUUGUUGAGCUUCGCAAACAUCUGCUUGAAAGCACUAAUGACAUGGCCCCUCUCAAAGUGUGGGAAAUGCAAGAUCUAAGUUUCCAGGCAGCUGCCAGAAUCAUGUCUGUGCCAAAGUUUGAUGCUUUGAAGCUCAUGCGAGACCUCAGUCAGAACUUUCCAAGCAAAGCUAGAUCACUGACAAGAGUGGCCGUAAAGCAGGAAAUGAGAAAAGAAAUUGAGGAGAACCAAAAGCAUCUGAGCGAGACCAUUGGUGUUCACCCGGGAGACGGGGAGCUCUUCAUCAAUGGACUGCGCAUUGAUCUGGACCUUCACAACCCUUUCAGCAUUUUGGACAUCCUCAGAGGAGAAGCCAGGGUCUUGGAGGGACUGCAUAACUUAGGCAUAAAGGGAGAACAUCAAGGCAAACUGCUGAGGUUACCUGUGAACGCUGUGGAUGACAGCUAUGCCUUAGAUAUCAGACAUCCAGCUGUAAUGUGGCUGAAUGACAUUGAGAAUGACUUCAUGUACCACAACUGGCCAGCAGGUGUACAGGAGCUCCUCAGAGCUACCUUUCCUGGAGUCAUCCGGCAGAUCAGACGCAAUUUCUUUAAUCUGGUGCUGUUCCUGGAUCCACUGCAGGAAGAAAGCGUUGAACUGGUGAAGCUGGCAGAGCUUUUCUACAAGCAUAAGAUCCCCCUAAGAAUUGGAUUUGUGUUUGUUGUCAACACCAAAGAUGAGAUUGAUGGCUUCUCAGAUGCAGGGGUUGGAUUUUACCGACUGCUGAAUUACAUUGCAGACGAAUACGAUUUAUCCCAGGCUCUGAUGUCUAUGGUCUCACUGUACAACACAGUAGAUGUAGGGGAGACGCUGUCUGUUGAUAAGGUCUCUUCUUACCUGAAGAGAAAAUUUCCAAAAGCCAAUUCUGAAAGGAUUCUUGGUGUAGACUCCGAGUAUGAUGAUAAAAGAAAGGAUGGUGCCCUCUUCUACAGACAGAGUGGCCUGGGUGCAAUGCCUCUGGCCUUAUUUAAUGGAGUCCCUCUGAGCCCGGAUGAGAUGGACCCAGAGGAGCUGGAGACAGUCAUCCUGCAGCGCAUAAUGGACACCACCACUGCCUUUCAGAGAGCUGUCUUUAUGGGUCAGUUAACUGAAGGCUCAGAUGUGGUGGACUAUCUAAUGGAACAGGCCAAUGUGGUUCCCAGGAUGAACCCUCUUAUUUUAAGCACUGACCGAAAGUACCUCGACUUCACAGCCACCCCAGUUGUAAACGAUUGGGAGGACACAACUAUGUUUUCAUACUUGGACUCCAGAGACAAAACAGCUGUGAUGGCGAAGAGAAUGAAGUACUUCACAAGCAGUGAUGAGGAUGGGAUGACUGCUGUGACCAUGUGGAUAACUGGUGAUUUUGAGAAGGUUUCAGGAAGAAAACUUUUGCUUAAUGCCCUAAAACAUGUGAAGGCCAGUUCUGGAGUGCGCGUGGGGGUGAUAGAUAACCCCAGUGAAAAGCCCAGCGAAGAUAACACCAUACUGUAUAGGGCUAUCUGGGCCUCACUCCUCACCCAGAAGAAUAAGGCUGCAGCAGAGUUUGUGCAUAAACUCUUAAAAGAGGAGAGCCGCCAGCUUCUCCAGCAAGGGACCAAGAUGAAGGACUUACUGAUGCAGGGCAUGGAUGUCGAUGCCUUUGAGAAAAAAUUCAACACGCUGGAAGUUGACUUUAUCCGCAGUCAGCUGCUCUUCUGUCGGGAUGCUCUGAAACUCCGUCCUGGACAGCGGGCAGUGAUCAGCAACGGCAGGAUCCUUGGUCCGUUUGAAGAGCAGGAAGAAUUCACUGUGGAGGAUUUCCACUUGCUGGAGAAGAUUACACUGAGUGGUUCUGCAGAGAAAGUCAAGACCAAAGUUAAACAGAUGGGGAUGAAGCCAAAGCAUGCCAGUGACUUAGUCAUGAAGGUUGAUGCCCUACUAACUGCAGCCCCCAAAGGAGAGGUCCGGAGGGAAGUCCACUUUGUCAAAGACAGCCACAGUGUGCUCCAUCUCUCUCCACGCGAGAAUGAGGUGUUCUAUGACGUCAUGGCCAUCGUCGACCCUCUAACUAGAGAAGCACAGAAGAUUUCCCCUCUGCUGAUUGUGCUCAGUCAAGUGGUCAAUGUGAGACUGCAGGUGUUUAUGAAUUGCAGGGCCAAGUUGUCAGAGCUGCCCCUCAAGAGUUUUUACCGCUUUGUCUUGGAGCCGGAUGUGGCUUUCUUAGCCAACGAUACAGUGUCUCCUGGGCCAGUUGCCCGUUUCAUGGAGCUCCCAGAAUCUCCACUCCUCACCCUGAACAUGAUCACACCAGAGAGCUGGAUGGUGCAGGCUGUGCGCAGCCCUCAUGACUUGGACAACAUCCACUUGCAGGAGGUGAGCGGUGUUGUGGCAGCAGAAUUUGAGCUGGAGCACCUUUUGCUGGAGGGCCACUGCUUUGACCUGUCAACCGGCCAGCCUCCUCGUGGACUGCAGUUUACUCUGGGCAUGAGUCGAGACCCGCUCAUGUAUGACACUAUUGUCAUGGCUAACCUGGGAUAUUUUCAGCUGAAAGCCAAUCCCGGUGCUUGGAUCCUAAGAUUACGUAAAGGGAGAUCAGAAGAAAUCUAUCAGAUUCUCACGCAUGAUGGAACUGAUUCCCCUGCAGAAGCUGGCGAUGUGGUCGUUGUGCUGAAUAGUUUCCACAGUAAGAUCAUCAAAGUGAGGGUGCAGAAGAAGGCAGAGAAGAUCAGUGAAGAUCUUUUAAGUGAAAGUAAUGAAAGCAAAGGCAUCUGGGACUCCAUAGCAAGUGUUUGGAGCACUUUUGAGAAAAGCAUCACAGGUGGUGGGUCAAAGAAGGAUGAUGGAGAAAAGAAAAAAGAGGAUGUUCUGAACAUAUUUUCGGUGGCCUCAGGCCAUCUGUAUGAGCGCUUUCUGAGAAUAAUGAUGCUGUCUGUCCUUCGGCAUACAAAAACACAAGUAAAGUUCUGGUUCCUCAAGAAUUAUCUGUCCCCUUCUUUCAAGGAGACCAUCUCCUACAUGGCAGAGUCAUACGACUUCCAGUAUGAACUAGUGCAGUACAAGUGGCCCCGCUGGCUCCACCAGCAGACUGAGAAGCAGCGGAUUAUCUGGGGAUACAAGAUCCUCUUCUUGGAUGUUCUGUUCCCUCUGGCUGUAGACAAGAUCAUCUUUGUGGACGCCGACCAGAUUGUUCGGGCUGAUUUAAAAGAGUUGAGAGAUUUAAACUUGGAGGGUGCUCCUUACGGCUAUACACCAUUUUGUGAUAGCCGCGGAGAGAUGGACGGCUAUCGCUUCUGGAAAACCGGAUACUGGGCCUCACAUCUUGGACACAGAAAAUACCACAUCAGCGCUCUGUAUGUAGUAGAUUUAAAGAAGUUCCGAAAGAUUGCAGCUGGGGACAGAUUACGAGGGCAGUACCAAGCCCUGAGCCAAGACCCAAACAGCCUGUCUAACCUGGACCAGGACCUUCCUAACAACAUGAUCCACCAGGUGGCCAUUAAGUCUCUUCCUCAGGAAUGGUUGUGGUGUGAGACGUGGUGUGAUGAUGCCUCCAAAGUCACAGCUAAGACGAUAGACCUGUGUAAUAACCCAAAGACCAAGGAACCCAAACUAAUGGCUGCAGCGAGGAUUGUGCCCGAGUGGGUUGAAUAUGACAAUGAGAUAAAACAGCUGCUGAGACAAGUCCAGGAACAGGAAGACACAACAGUACAAAAACAGAGUCCCUCCCCCUCACAGCAUAAAAAAGUAGACAACCGGCGUGAUGAACUUUAGCGGCUGCCAGCACCAUGCUGAAAAGGAAGGAGGCAGCACCUUUUGCACGCAGGCCACCUGUGAAGCUUGAAGACAGACAAUUCCAUCUAAACAUAGCCAUGGCGUGUUACAUCCCCAGCUGGAGGAGGAUGUGAUAUUUUCAGAGAUGCCAUAUCUGCUCCUGCAGUCAGUACAUCAUACAAAAUCAACAAGUGAUGUAUUUGUUAACUGCCAACUGUGAACCUGUGGUGUGCUUUGAGCUCUACACUCAGAUCUUGGUAAGUAGAACAGAAAAUGAUGUAAACACAGAAAAGGUGAGGUCAGUUAAAGCACACUUUUAGGUGUGUUUGAGGAUGAAGAGAUGGCAUAUAUUGCACUGAUAAUGUAUGCAAAGAAUCUAAUGGAGAAGGCACAUUUCUAAGAAUCUUACUCUAAACAUUUAUUUUUUUAUGCCAAAUUCUUUUCAAAAGCUAUUAAUUUAGGUGUUCUUAAUUUGACGUGAGUAAACAGCAUGAAGACUUUAUUGCCUGUGACUGAAACGCCAAAGAUGGAACUGAAAUUUAUCUGUUUAUUUUGUUUUAUUCACAAAUUGCUUCAAAGUUGUUACGUCAAGAAAAGCCAUUAGCACAAGGCACAGUUGACAAUUCGCUAAACCCUGCCCCCGAGUGAUAAUAUCCCAAACCUAGCAUUGGAGCUAUGAAUAAUCAUAACUAUUGCAUGACUGGGCUGUAGAGCUUAGCCUUUGCAAAACCAAAAGCAUAGGCAUAAAUGGAAAAGAAUAAGUCAAAUGUUACACUUAUCUGUUUUAACUUGAGCUAUAAAUGUUAGCUUACUCAGCUAAGUUACUACUUACAGGAGUAACCUACCGUUAAAGGCAGGGCUCAUAUGUUAAGCUAAUUAGCUUAGUUACAACUUUUUUGAAGGACAUUGGAGAGAAUAGCGUGUCUUUUUUCUUGCAAUAAUGUACAAAUGUAUUAAUUACUCGGCAGCACGCAAACAAUGCUGCUCUCUUAUUUCAAAGUCUAUUAUAUGGAUCAUUGGCAGGUGAAGAUACUGAUGUAUUAGCAUAAAUUGGCUUCACAGAGCUAAGCUAACCAGCUGUUUUAUUUUAAGGUAAAUUUUAACCUAUAUUGUUUAAAAACAGAAAUAUAAAAACAUUUAUUUGUUGUUCCUAAUGUAUCUUUAAACUCCUCAAACUUUUUUUUAACCAUCUGAAUGAAAAUAAUAUUCUGUCCACUUUAAUUUGUGUCCCAAGUUGCUUCUGUUUUUGAGUCAAAACAAAGAUGGCAGUCCAUCUGCCUCCUGGAGAAUUGCGACCAUAAAUGUAUGAAGCAACUUAAAACACAACCAUGGACUUCAAAUUUUAAUCACUGAGUGGAUGUAAAUGUUUUGUUACUGCUUAUGUCCAGUGGUGAACCUGCUGCUGUUACUGUAACUUGUGGACGUGCUGUGAGAGCAGCUAAAAGCUCGGCAGAUAAAAUAACCUUACCUAAGGGGCAGGGCUUGACGAACAGUUGUCUGUCCUUACAAGGUGUUAAAUGUGACUUUGGCCUCGCAGACCAGGCUGGACUUCAUCAUUAAGGAUCAAAGAAUCCUCAUUUGCACACUUAAGGCCAUGGUUUAUGGGUAGGAUUUAGGAUUUUAACUUAAUACAGUAUGUUUACAUGUUACGUACAUUCAGCUUCACUGUGCUCAUUUUUGCAAGAUCCUUUCCAUUAUUUCAAUUCCACGUUGAACCAGUGUUUUUGUCUCAGGAAUAAGAUGGGUGUUGCUGCUCGACUGAAGCCAACAAUGUUUGUGUUCUUUUUCUGUCUUAAAAGUCAAUUUAAAAGAAAAAAAAAUGGGUGCAGGAAGGCUGCUCUCAGGGCGCCCAUCUUUCACUGUGCUAUGUCAAAUAGAGAUGUUUAUAUCACUGUUUGGUGUUAAGAAGUAAAUCUUUGCUACAAAACCCUCA